GAGAGAGAGAGAGAGAGAGAGGUCCAUUUCUCUCCGCACACGAUGUUUCUCAGCAUUUACACAAGCUAACCACCAUUGCCAGCCAGAACAGCUAUUUUCCGUUGCACGGUUCCUUUUCUUGAGGAUCUGCACAUUGUUGUGGUCUUCUGCAAGCAAGGCCACAGCCACUGCACAAGCCAAGCCUGCAACCAAAAGGUGCUGGUGGAUACAUCUCCAAGCAGAGCAUGGUGGUGAUGAGCUUGGAAGAGGAAUCAAUGGCUUCUCCCACUCCUACUUCCUGCGAAACGUGCAAAGGCGCCGGCGACGACGAGAAGAGGAGGAAGUGCGAGCUCAUCGGGUACGACGCGCUGCCCGACUGGCUCAAGGACAACGAGUUCAUCCAUGGCUACUACCGGUGCGAGUGGCCGAUGACGGAGACAAUCCUCAGCAUCUUCUCCAUCCACAACGAGACCCUCAACGUUUGGUCGCAUUUGAUAGGGUUCCUGCUGUUCCUGUGCCUGACAAUAUUCACAGCGAUGGUGAUCCCAAGGGACGACAGCGGCAGGAGCAGCAGUAUUGCAUCAGGGAGAGGCUACUGGGGGGAUCUGGUGGAGAUGGCCAACAUGACAGUAGUGCUGAGGCACGAGGGACUUGCAGCGUGUCUCCUGCUGCCACCAUCCGCUGCUGCAGCAGCUGGUUUGUCUGAACACGCUGAUCAGGAGGAGAUCCCAAUCAGCUGUCCACCCAACACAUCCUCCUCACUCUGUCAUCAUCAUGCUGCCAUCCAGAUCCAGGCACUACUCGACGCCGGCACGGACCUCGUCGCUGCCAUUUCCGGCACGGCUGACCCGGUGACGCGGUGGCCGCUGUUCGCGUACCUCGGUGGCGCGAUGCUGUGCCUGCUGACGAGCAGCGUCUGCCACCUGAUCCUGUGCCACUCGGAGCGCACGGCGUACGUGACGCUCCGCCUCGACUACGCCGGCAUCGCCGCGCUGAUCGUGACCUCCUUCUACCCGCUCGCCUACUACACCUUCCUCUGCGACCCGGCGCUCCAGCGGCUCUACUUGGGCUCCAUCACGGCGCUCGGCGCGGCCGCCGUGACGGCGUCGCUGGUGCCGGCGUUCCAGGCGCCCGAGCUGCGCCCGCUCCGCGCCGCACUCUUCUCGUGCAUGGGCGCGUCCGGGGUCGUGCCCAUCGCGCACAAGCUGGUCCUGUACGGCGGGAGCGCGCGGAGCGCCGUCGCGUCGGCGUGCUACGAGGCGCUCAUGGGCGCGCUCUACGGGCUCGGCGUCGCCGUCUACGCCGCUCGCGUCCCCGAGCGGUGGGCGCCCGGUAGGUUCGACCUCGUGGGCCACAGCCACCAGCUGUUCCACCUCUUCGUCAUCGCCGGCGCGUACGCCCACUACCUCGCCGGACUCGAGUACCUCAAGUGGAGGGACGUUGACAAGUGCUAGCUGGCCGGCGAUGCCGUCGGCGCCAUGCGCGCGUAGGUGGUAAACCUGCAAGAAGAGGUCGCACGUGUCUGAACUGUGACGGACUGACAGGUGGGCCCGGCCGAUGUACGGUCGCUAUAAAGGGCACCAGGUAGGUGAAUUAGUGGCUGGAGUACAGCAUUGAGUUGAGGUGAUUCUUUUUAUGCACUGCUUGAUGUUUGACAUCGACGGGAUGGAUUAAGGAUCAUGAGGGAAGAAGCUGGUAUUUUGAUUAUGACGAUUACCUGGGAGCAUGUGAGGUGCCGUUUAUUUGCAUGCAGCAGCUGAAUAGUCAGAAGACUCAGAACUGCUUGUACCGGAGAAUGUUAAAUUUUGUAAACUAAUUGAGAUCAAUGAGUGUAUACAUAUUACAGUAUGUGUCUUA